AUGUCCUCCGACACUACUACUACCACUACUUCCGCCAGCUCCCUAUCAAAAAUCCUCAACUCCACUCCUAACCGUCCCCAUCUUGAUUUCUCCUCUCUCCAAGCUCUAUUCCCACACUCACAAGCCACCCCGGAACCCUCCCCGCUAUGGUACGUCCUAACCACGGCCGUCCUGUUGUCUUUCCACAAGGAGAAACUCAUCGGCGAAUUAUGGACGUAUCUCGCUACGAACAUUGAGAAUGACGAAAGCCAGGACCACCAUCAAGAACACUUACUUCCUGCGGCAAGACGUAUCCGCGAAGCAUGUCUCAAAGCCAGUACGCUCGUCGGAUUUCCUCGAGCAAUCAAUGCACUCACAUCACUGAAUUCCUCAAUCUCGCACACCCACCCAUCCCUCUCCAUGAUUUUGUCAUCGGACCAAUCCCUCCGCUCGUCACUCAGCACCUCCGAGAAGUCCGCCCGCGGCAUGGCCCUCUUCACUCAGAUUUACCAACAACACACAUCCCGAGUGUUGGAUGCCAUGGACGCCGCGUCGGGUGGCGACCUGACGCACUUCGCUAUCAAUUGCAUCUACGGCGAGUUAUUGAGCGAGGACCGCGUGAUUGGUGCCCUGGAAACAGGUUUAUUGGAGUUCGCCUGCUGUUUGGCGGAUGGGUGUGGACCACAGGCGAAAGGGUGA